CAGGAGUGAAAUAGGCCUCCAGUUCAAUAACUGAUGUAAGACACAGGAAGAUAGAAAUCUGUACAUUUACACUGGCCUUUUUUUUUUUUUUACAGUGAGAGUGAAUGUUCCAUCCAUCCCAUUUCCUGGAGUAGUCCCAGAUGGUUUUGAACAGCGAUAGAUGAGAUGGAAGUAUUUUGAACAUCCCGCAUUACGCAGUCCAUUAGGACCCAGCCGUUUGACUGAAUUCACGAUUAUCAGACACACACUUCGGUUCGAAGGAGCUUCCUUUUACGAUCCAACAUAUUCACUGUAUCAGUAUUGAAUAGUUUCAAUAUUUUAUUAGCAUUAUGCGUUGUACGCUGUAUCAAUGCGUUUGUAUUGUAUUUAUUUAUUUAUUUUUGAGAAAUUUACAGUGCACAAGCAGUGGUCACAAAAUGGAAACACAACCGCGUUCCAUCAAUUGCUGGUUGCUCCGUAAUCGUGUGCUUUUCCUGGAACGGGUUACACGCAGCCAUAUGCAUUGAGGGUAGAGUUAAUAUCCUCCAUUACUGUGACGGUACUGAGCAUUCAUCUUCACCCCAUGUUAAUGCAUUCCUGUACUUCUGUACAACGGGUGUCUUCCAAAAUGACAAUGCCUCCCCCCUCCAUGGAGAAGGAGCAGCCACUCAGCGGCUUGAUAAGCAGGACACGCUGAGCCGACCAGAGGAGGAUGGGUCCCCCCCCCCCCCCGAGCCGGGUUCCUUCUGAGGUUUCCACCCAUCUGCCACAGGGAGUUUUUCCUUGCCACUGUUGCUUUAGGCUUGCUCCUGUGGGUGUCUAGGCCAGGGUUGUCCGUGAAGCGUAUUGUGACAAUUGCUGUGAAAUAUGCUAUAUAAAUUAAAUUUGAUUGAUUGAUUGAUUGAUUGAUUGAUUGAUUGAUUGAUUGAUUGAUUGAUUGAUUGACCUUAUACGCGUGGCGCGGCGGCCUUCUCAAUCAAUCGAAGGUUUAUGGAACGUUCUGGAACAAUGCCGUCAGUUUGCCCGUUUCACUUUCUUCAGCUACUGCACCCGCCAUGAGCUGCCUGGCUUCCUAACGAAGGACUGGUGUCGUGUUCCUCCUAACAGAACUGCAGCCUGUCUCGGGCUGGCAGCGAUGCACCAGGGCUCCUGGAGGAAGAUCGAAGAGCCGGGCCCCAUGCCGAACGGAGAGGCCGUCGAACCCGGGGGGGUCCCGGGGCCCGAAAAGAAGGAGGAGGAGGAGGAGGUGCCCCCGCCCCCCACCUCGCCCCCGCCGCCCCCGCCGGGCCCGGCGCCCCCCUCGCCCCCCUGUCCCAGACCCCGGCUGAUCUUCCACACCCAGCUGGCGCACGGCAGCCCCACGGGCCGCAUCCACGGCUUCACCAACGUCAAGGAGCUGUACGGCAAGAUCGCCGAGGCCUUCCACAUCUCCCCCUCGGAGAUCCUGUUCUGCACUCUGAACUCGCACAAGGUGGACAUGCAGAAGCUGCUGGGCGGGCAGAUCGGCCUGGAGGACUUCAUCUUCGCGCACGUCAGGGGCGACGCCAAGGAGGUGGAGGUCACCAAGACGGAGGACGCCCUGGGCCUGACCAUCACCGACAACGGCGCGGGAUACGCGUUCAUCAAGAGGAUAAAGGAGGGCAGCACGAUCGACCGGCUGAAGGCGGUGUGCGUGGGCGACCACAUCGAGGCCAUCAACGAGCAGAGCAUCGUGGGAUGCCGGCACUACGAGGUCGCCAGGAUGCUGAAGGAGCAGAGCCGGGGGACGCCCUUCACGCUGCGGCUGGUGGAGCCGAAGAGGGCCUUCGACAUGAUUGGCCAGAGGACGAGGGCGCCGAAGUCCAGCGAGGGGAAGCUGGCGAGCGGGCGUGAGACUCUGCGGCUCAGGUCCAAGGGCGCCGCCACCGUGCAGGAAGUGCCGAACGAGUUUGAGGAGAGGGCCACUAAGAAGGUGGACGACCUGCUGGAGAGUUACAUGGGCAUCCGGGACCCCGAGCUGGCCACCACCAUCGUGGAGGCGGGAAAAGACAAGAAGAAUCCGGACGACUUCGCGGAGGCCCUGGACUCAGUGCUGGGAGACUUCGCCUUCCCCGACGUCUUCCUGUUCGACGUGUGGGGCGCUAUAGGGGACGUGAAAAACGGUCGAGUGUAGCGAGCGGUCGGUCCCCCAAGCCCCGCCCCCUUUCUCUCCUCACCACCCCUGACCCUGUUGCUUGGUUACCAUGCCCCGCCCACCCACCCAUCCACCCACACAAAUAGGGUUCGUAUCUGCUCAAACCAUAUUCUCACACCACACCAGAGGUCCUAGCACCCUGCCGGCUAAAAAAAAAUUCAAUAUGCUAUUUUAUCGCCGUAACGGUCAACCGACAAUUAACAGUUAACCGAGGCUCAGAUAGAGGCCUAAGCUGGUCCAGGCCUCAUUGCUGUUGACCAUAGUUUGGCUGUUCAUUUCUUUUCAUUUUUAGUUCAAUCUGAAGAGUGUAUUCAUUUUUUUUUUUUUUUUUACAUUUUUCCCCUCCAUUUUAAAAUAUCUAUUCGAGAAACUUCUUCCCACUCAACCCUAGCUUCUCAGCAGGCCUUACCGCCACCACAUCUUUUUCUUGCGAAAGGAAUUCAACUGCGACCUUCUCUUCAGGAUUUACUGUCCCUUACAGUACGUGUUUAGUUUAUUUGUUCCAAAGAGUGCCCUGAACCUAUGAUUUACCCAUACAUCACGGAGUCACCAUUCCUGAAUGACUUCUCAGAGGCCAGCAGAACAUUCUUCAUAAAAUAGGACAACUCCAGCAAGAGGAAUCAAGACACAUACCGCAGUAUUUAUUAUCAGGAUGGAUAUACGCCAUUGACUGUCAUUCCAUUGCACAUAAUUCAGGUGCUUUAUACAUCUGGCAUGCAGUAGCAAAUAUGGACUGGAUUACAGGGUUUGAUAUUAAUAUGCAUCAUUCUGGAUUUCCCCAUUGUUUUCCAUGUGCUGUCUAUUUCCAAAAUGAGUUUCCAUAAUAGGUUGCGACAGAAGAAAUAAACUGAAAAAUUCCAAAAGCAUAGAUGAGUCAUUUACAUUCGGGCAAAAAAAAAAAACAGAAACCUGCUAAAGGUAGCAUUUAGCAAAAUGUCCAGGCUGCGAUAAAUGGCCGCCUCUUUGGAUAUUCAUGUGCAAAAAAAUACGCAAUAAAUAUAAUAUAAACAAGCAUGGUGACAGUGCAGCUUAGCAGUAACUCUGGAGGCAGACUCUUUGUGUACACGCAUCCUUCAACAGCAGGUCCAAGAACAUUCCAGAAUACUGACAAGGCAGAACUUCCACCACUCUGGGCAGGAAGUGAGGUCACAGGAGGGCAGGUGUAGAGGGUCAGAAUGGAAUUCUCAAAAAAAAAAAACCUUCCACUCUGCACGUACUAUAUAUUUCCACAUUUAGCAAGAAGGACAACAGCUGUUUUUUUGUAGUUGUUUUUUUUUUCCCAAAGUGAGGAUGGUCUGUUUUGGUCGUUACUUUAGAAUAGGAUGACUUCCCUGGUUUCGAUUUGACGUUUUAAAUGCAGCUGGUGGCUGUGAAAUGUCGCUUCUGGGAAAACGAUGACCAACAUUGCUGAAUUCCUAGAGAUUUCCCGGAUCAGACCCUAAUUUUGGAUUUAAAAGAAGGCAUAUGUGAGCUGACCCAAUUGAUAGGGUCACGGAGGACAUACUGUAUGGGCAUACCAUGCAUUCUUAAAAUUUUGACUUUAUAAGGUUUAUGGGAAAGCCAUUUCUGUACUUUUCCCACAUUGUCGACAAUUAAGUCAAAUUAGGGUAAAAAACAAUUUAAAAAAAAGAUUUACCACAAAAAAAGAAUUAGCAGAUAUUCUCAGAGAACCAUUAAUGCAGGUAAUUAGACAAAAAUUAAUUCACAAUGAUCCCAAAAUGUAUAAAUUGCGGUCCCCAAAUACGUUUUUACUUCCUUUUUAUUCUGCAUCCAAUUUGGAAAAAAGGAAGGUCUUCAUAUUCUGAUAAUUUUGAGUUCACAUAGAAUAUCGAGUGGCUUUUAGCAGACAAGGGCUAAUUGGAUAUUUGGCGCGACUGAACUCAUAGCAUUCCUGGACUUUGAGAGCCACGGGGUCUGCUGGUUUUUUGUUUUCUCUUUAAUAUCAGCAACCAGCUCAGACCCAGGAAACCAGGUGAGGCGAGGUAACUGUACAAUCGACUGCUUUUCAGUCAAGUGUCGAGUAACAACAAAAAACUAAGGAUCACUCCCUUAGACGCUGAUAAAUCAAAUCUCAUACAGAAAAAAUAUAUAAUUCAUAAAUACAUCUUCGGAAUGUAUUUUAAGAUAUUUCUAAUGCAUGGGCCAAGUUUGUAAAAAUGAGCCAUUUCAUUUUAAGUAAUGUAAUUCCAAUUAGUAUGUGAAACAUAAAUAUUUAAUUAAAAUAUUCUAUGAAAAAUAUUUAUCAUAUAUUUCACAUACAUUGCAAAUACAUCACGGAAAUACAUGAAAUGACCAAGUUUUUUGAAACCUAUUUUGCCAUGUAUUAUAAAUCCAUUUUAAAAUGCAUUCUAAAAAUGUAUGUGAAAUUAUUUUUCCCCCUACAAAUCACUGAUCAUAUAAAUGUGUACUACAUAUUGUUGAAAAUAAUCAUCUGCUGGAAUUUUAAAAGGAGUUUAAAGGGUGAAAGAAUUUCAUGAGAUCGUAUGACCCCCUGGAAGAGAAUUAUGUGUUUUGCUACAUACAUUUUUGUAAAAUUUUGUGAAAGCCAAAAUUUUGUAUCAGUUGGUCAGGAAAAUAAAGACUUGCUUAAAUUUGGUAUUAAAAAAAAUUGACAGGAAGUAGCAUUGAGCUGUUAUGCAGAUUGAGCUGAUAUACAGAUAUGCCGUACAUCUUUCAUCCUAAAUGGGUAUCUCUUCCGCAUUAAAGAUUAUUUUAUACUCGCGUCACAUUAGUAAAGUAGUUUGUGUGAGAUACAGUGUGUAAAUAUUGUGUAUCUUCAGGGGAACUUGAGUACAUUUAGAAGAACGCUAGGUGUUUAUUUUUUCUAAAUAGCAAAUCAGAACAAUAAUGCCCAGUUAUACAGAACGGCAUUAUUCUGAGGUCCUCUAAGUCAAGUGUGGUGCUUUGCUCAUUGUUUUGUAUGUCUAUUGCAUUGUCUCGGUAUGAAGACCUGAGAAUAUAAGGCAAACAUACGUAUGUGUAUUAUUAUGAACUAUUGCUAAUAAAAGAAUUAACACUCAAA